AUGGAGCCACUGGGCGACGACGACCUGCUCGGCGAGAUCCUCGUCCGCCUGCCCCCGCAGCCCUCCUCCCUGCCCCGCGCCUCCGCCGUCUGCAAGCGCUGGCGCCUCCUCGUCUCCGACCAAGGAUUCUCCCGCCGCUUCCGCAUCCACCACCGCCGCGGCCCUCCCCUCCUCGGUUUCUUCCGCAGAAAUGACGCCCUGCCCUUCGUACCCACUCUCGACGCCCCGGAUUGUGUCUCCCCCGGUCGUUUCUCCUUGCAGCGCGGCGACGGCGACCAGUUCAUGUCCCUCGGAUGCCGCCAUGGCCUGGUGCUCGUCUUCAACAAACCUAAGAACCAGAUCCUGGUGUGGGACCCCGUCACCGGCGAACAGCACCGCCUUGUCGUGCCCCCGGGGGUUGCGGCACAUGCAGAGAAGACAACGAUCAACGGGGCGGUGCUUCGUGCUCGUGCCGCCGGAGACGAUGCCCAGCACUUCCAGGUGGUGUUGACAGUGGCAGACAACGACGACGAGCAACACAGGCGGGCGCUUGCCUGCGUUUACUCGUCAGAGACUGGCACAUGGGGUGAUCUUGUCUCAACACAGCUUCCGUCUGAUGUUCUAAUGAGUGAUGCUCCCACCUUGGUUUCUACUGACAAGCCUGCUGUGCUGGUUGGGGAUUCCCUUUACUGGAAGCUUGCUGGGAAUAUGGAUGGAAUUCUCGAGUUCGAUUUGGAGAAGCAAAGCCUAGCUGUGAUACGGGUGCCGGUGCAUAUCCUUGAAGAGGGCCAGUACAUGUUCUUGAUUAUGCGGGCAGAGGGUGGUGGCCUUGGUUUACUCAUCCAGACAGACUGCAGCAUCCAGUUGUGGAAGAUGAAGACUGAUUGUGAUGGUGUCGCUUCAUGGGGGCUUGGAAGAACCAUUGAACUGGACAAGCUAAUUUCUCUGAAUUCUGAUGAGACUGACAUGUUGAUACCAGGGCUCGAGGAGGAAAAUAAUGUGGUAUUCGUGUGGACAGAUCACGUCGUCUUUACGGUCCAUCUUGAGUCAAUGAAGUUCAAGAAGCUUUCUGGAACCUACCCCCUUUCUCAUUAUCAUCCAUUCAGAAGUGUCUACGCUGCAGCUAUAUGUAUCAAUGCUUUGCCGGCAGGGACACGGAGUAAUUGCGCUCGAGCUCAUAUGCUCGCGAUAUCAGUUAUCAGGUUGCGGAUUGGUGCUGCUGGCCCCAACAGGCACCUUGCACUACCCGUGUAAGCACGUUCGAGAAGGCAGUGGGGGUGUCCACGGAAAAGCCGACGACAGAUAAUGUAAUCAUUCAAGUGCUGGGUACUGGUACCUUUGACUCGCUUGGAGAAGCAUAUGAUUUGUACAACUUGUAUUCUUGGGAGGAAAGGAUUUGGUAUAAGAUAUGGGAAAAGCUAGUUAAAUGUGGAGAGGGUGAAGUGCAUGCAGGAAAUUGUCUGCCGAUGUUCGGGGGAAAGCUGGUGUGGAGAACACAAGGUCCCUUCGGUGUGAAUGCCCAGCGUUGAUAAGGCUAUUAGCCUGUUACGGACUAACCACUCACUUUCGCUAAAUUUCGGUGAGACUAUCCACUGGCCGUCCCAAAAGCACAUUGAUGUGUACAACAGGGACCUGAUAAAACAGUUGUGGUAGAAUAAUGUCAACCUUGCUAAGGUGUAUAGCAUAGUAGGUAGUAUUUUUGGAUCGAUGAAAAAUGUGUCAUUUGUGAAGAGGUCUUUGCGUAAUCUGUGCGGAUGUAAGGAAAGCAAUGGAGGUCUUUGCAGAAACUACAACUACAUCAUGAAUGAGCCCUGUGAAGUGGAGGACAGAUGGGUCAUGCUUGACCACUAUUACAGGGAAUACAAUGGUCUGUACCUUGAACGACGACUGGAAGAGGUGAAUUUUGAGUUGGGAAACGAUAAGCAUAGUAUGUACUCCUGUAUUGCAAAAAAACAAUUGUAGCACAAGUGAUUGCAAAACGAGUUGGCUUAUCUGAGAAGCAGAUUGCUUACAAAGUGACCUCGACGAAAGGUAACAAGGGUGAGCUACCAAGCUUCAUGAUCGAGGAAGUGUUGUUCUGAACUCUGAAGGUGGUGAUCAGUUGUGUUGAUUGACUAUGAGUACUGUAACGAAGACAAUGAGGUAGUAAUUAGGUCUUCCGCAUUUUGGUGGAGUUGUUACUUAGCUCGGGAGUGCUCCCAAUACCCACUUGGUUAAGUGCAAAAAAGUGUCGAGGACUAGUGGCAUGUAUUUUGUGUUCAUACCUUGUUGUCAACCGAGGUACGGACUAGUAGGCAAUCAAAUUGGGAGAAUGUUAGCUUCCAUCCCAGCUGUUGUGGCAAGGAAGUGCAUGAAAUCCCAGUUCUAUUUUGCCCAGCGUGUAAGCAGUCACUUCUAAUUUACAUUUGUGGCUUAUGUGUGAAAACAAA